AUGGCAUCUACUGAUCCGCAAAACCGCAAGCCGGAGCCGUCCCGACUUCUCCUCCUCUCCCAGGUUCAUCUCCACGCCCCAGGCAGCAAAAUUCGCUUCCUAGGCUGCGUGCAUUCCUAUCGGAUCUCGACUGGCACGCUGGUCAUUCAAGAGAAGUAUGCUGCGGCUCCAUCUGCUGUUCCGACCGUACUGGCGAGUAUCGACAAUGUCCUGGAAGACGUCGAUCACGAAAUGCUGCAGACAGGAGCAUGGGUCAAUGUCAUAGGUUAUAUUAGGGCUGGAAAAGGGAAGGAGGAUGUCCCGAGAGUGGAAGUUUUGAUGAUCUGGCCGGCUGGUGCGGUCAAGGUGGAUGACUAUCACUCUGCGGCGAGGAGCUAUCAGGCGGCUAUGUCGAUUGACUGA